AUGGCAGGGACGAAUCUAGCGGAGAAUAUGCGUGGUAAUCUAUAUCAUCGGUGCAUCAAUAUAAAGUAUAGCAUUAAUGAUCAUAAAAGCACUGUGAUGUAUGAUGUCCUGUAUGAAUGCGGGCCUGAAGUGCUAGUAAUCCACAGUAGCGCAGGCUUUCCAUUUUCGCUGAAGCAUUUGAGGAGGCUGAAAGGACGAGUAAGAAUAUCUAUCGAAGAGCAUCAUGCAUUUAAUGUAAUAACAAGCAGAAUUGAUGAUUUCUGUGUAUUUGUAGUGUUCUCAUGCGAGUUCAAUGAUUUUGAGCAUGAGUUCAUGCGGCAGAUAUGCAUUGCUAAACAGAAAACAAUUCUAUUACUAUCUGAGCGCUUCAAUAGCAGCUCAGACGAAAGCAUACCCGUAAGUCUACAUGAGUUCAAGAAUCUAUACGUGGUUGGCCAACCGCUUUAG